AUGGUUAGGGAGUUAGACUUGGUGGAACAGUUCAAAGACAUGCGGUUGCAGGUGGUUCUAGGUGAGGGAGUUAUUAGAUGUAACCAGCUCACGGUGUCUAGUGAUUUCCUUACCCUGGUAAAAGAGAAGCAGCUAUAUGACCCCAAGCUACAAAGGACGGUAGAAUUGCUUGGCAUUGAGAAGGUCAAGGACUUCAUGAUGGGAGGUGAUGGGGUGUUAAGAUUCAGAGGCAGGGUUUGCAUACUUCAAGACUUAGAGCUGAAAGGUAUGAUUCUUGACGAAGGGCACAAGAGCCAUUUUAGCAUGCACCAGAAGGCUAAGGCAGAGAUACUAGAGUGGAAAUGGGAUAGCAUCAUUAUGGACUUUGUCACCUAUUUAUCAUGGACCAUGAGGAGCCACGAUGCUAUAUGGGUUAUAGUAGACUGUCUAACCAAGAGUACCCACUUCCUAGCAGUAAACUUGAGGAUGUCCAUGGCGAAGCUGGCACAGUUGUAUAUCAGUGAGAUCGUGAGGUUGCAUGGUGUGUCGUCGAGUAUAGUUUCUGAUAGAGACCCACGAUUCACCUCCCACUUCUGGCAGAUGUUGUAG